CCUUUUUCUGAAAUCGGGGUAUUCUCGUCGGGUGAUUCAUCUGGAAUCAGUAUAUCGGUGCGCAGUUUUAGAGGCUCGGUGGUGAUGUGAAGGACUGAUAACACAUUUCUGCAACAAAAGAGAGGGAGGGAGAGAGAGAGUGAGAGGGAGAGAGAGAGGGAGAGAGAGAGAGAGAAGGCCCUUUGGAGGAGAAAAUACAGCAAGGAACAGCCAUCACAAAUAAGGAGGACAAAUUGGGGGUCUCGUUUCGGAGUUAGAGGUGGCGACGGAAAGACAACCGCAGCGAGUUUGGAGCUCUAUUUGAUGCGGAGAAGGAGUCAAAUGACGACGAAAGGAAGAAGAAUAUCAUACAUGUAGCUCGUUUGGGUAUACAUAUUAUUUCCCUUCCUGCUGAUCUCCUAGGUGGGUACCCGACCAAAGACAGCCAUCGGGGAGCGAGAAAAAUCCACCCAAAAAAAAAAAAAAAAAAAAAAAAAAAAAGGGAAACCCUUUGGACAUGUUUCUUGUCAAAGACGACGCGGAGACGAGCAGCGCCUCAGCCCGGCCGAGCCUUUCGGACGCGCCGAGUUCAGCUCCUUGUCACGGGCAGCAGUGAGACGCAAGACCCCGGCUUUCGGAGAUGCAAAUUAGGCUCUUUUCGCUGCCUCCUUUCGAGGUGAAAUCUCGCUUUUUGGUGUCGUAACGGACGCUGUGGAUUAUAAUUACCUACCAGUUUGUCGAGGGGGGAAGUUAAUAAGAAAAACAAACACUAAAGUGAAUGUAAGGAGGGGGGAAAAAUAAAGGAGGAUUGAAAGCUAACUGAGAAGGCGGCCUCCGUGUCGUCAGCAGCAGUAUCCUGCCCUUUUUCUGACAGCAAAAUGCGCUUUAUGCCCACAUUGCCUGUCCAGAAUUAAACUAAGGACAGUUUUCCAAACUAUAGCUGUGUAAAUGUGUGUUACAUUGUUGCCAAAUCCGAGGGUCAAGCGAGGGACCUAGACAAUUUUUACUUAUUUAUUUUCGUUUCUACAUACUCCCCCUCCCUCCACUUCUACUUCUUCCACUCCUCUUCCUCCUCCCCUGGACCCCCAUUUUUUUCCUUUUUUUUUUCUUGCGGGAAGAUGGGUUGUUUGGGCAACAGUAAGACCGAAGACCAGAGAAAUGAGGAGAAGGCACAAAGAGAAGCAAACAAAAAGAUUGAGAAGCAGCUCCAAAAGGACAAACAGAUCUACAGAGCAACACACAGACUACUACUUUUAGGAGCUGGUGAGUCGGGAAAGAGCACCAUCGUGAAACAGAUGAGGAUCCUACAUGUCAAUGGCUUCAAUGCAGAAGAAAAGAAGCAGAAAAUUCAGGACAUCAAGAACAAUAUUAAAGAAGCUAUUGAGACCAUAGUAACAGCCAUGAGCACACUGACGCCACCAGUGCAGCUGGCCUGUCCGGAGAACCAGUACAGGAUCGAAUAUGUCCUCAACCUCGUCAACCAGAAAGACUUUGACUUUCCAUCGGAGUUUUACGAUCACGCAAAGACGUUGUGGCAGGAUGACGGCGUCCGGGCGUGCUUCGAGAGAUCCAACGAGUAUCAGCUAAUUGACUGCGCACAAUACUUUCUAGACAAGAUCGACAUUGUGAAACAGAACGACUACACUCCAACAGAUCAGGAUUUGCUUCGAUGCAGAGUUUUGACUUCGGGGAUCUUCGAAACAAGAUUUCAAGUAGACAAAGUCAAUUUCCAUAUGUUUGAUGUUGGGGGUCAGAGAGACGAGCGCAGGAAAUGGAUUCAGUGCUUUAAUGACGUGACGGCCAUCAUUUUUGUCGUGGCCAGUAGCAGUUACAACAUGGUGAUCAGAGAGGACAAUCAGACCAAUCGACUACAGGAGGCCCUCAACCUCUUCAAGAACAUCUGGAACAACAGGUGGCUGCGGACCAUUUCUGUCAUUUUGUUCCUAAAUAAACAGGACCUGCUCGCAGAGAAAGUACUGGCAGGGAAAUCUAAAAUCGAGGAAUACUUCCCCGAAUUUGCUCGCUACACUACACCUGAUGACGCGACACCAGAACCCGGAGAAGAUCCUCGUGUUACAAGAGCAAAGUACUUCAUAAGAGAUGAGUUCCUAAGGAUCAGCACAGCGAGCGCGGACGGGAGGCACUACUGCUACCCCCACUUCACCUGCGCCGUCGACACGGAAAACAUCCGCAGGGUCUUCAACGACUGUCGAGACAUCAUCCAGCGGAUGCACCUGCGGCAGUACGAGCUGUUGUGAUGGGAACGCCAAAAAAAAAAAAAAAAAAAAAAAAAAAAAACUGGCCCCCUUUUAAAAACAGGAAAAGAAAAAAAAAAAAGACACUUAACACUGGGUCUCUGAACUCCCCUCUUCCACCGAUGUGUGUUAGUGCCUGCUGCAAAAAAACGAGGCCAAAGUACACACACAUGCAAACACACACACGCACACACACACACCUGUGCGGUAAACACACCAUAAACCCAGAGCUUACCCCUGAUGCAACGUCCCCAUGUGAUGUGGGAUUUGAUGAAGGGGCUUCAGGGGAUGAAAAGAGAAGUAAAAUAAAGACUCAAACCUCCAGCUUCAGCCAUAUUCCGAACUCCUCACCUUUUUUUGUUUUUUGUUUUGUUUUUUUAAGUCAAGUAUUGUCCCCUGUCACCCUCCUGAGAGUAACCCAGUCUGGACAGCUUAGAGAUUUUGUUACAUCUACGUCGACGAAAACCAAGAGAGCUAAAAAAGAAAAAAAAAAAAAAACUUCUGGAAAGAGAACUGUUGAAAUACUGCAAAUAGAGAAUAAAUGUGUCACCAAUAGAUCAGCAGAACACUGUACCUAACAAAAUAAAUAAAAAAACUAAAUGGAAUUAUAACAAAAAAAAAAAAACAUUAAGAAAACACACACACACAAGCACUGUGCUCAGGACUUAACUUGAACCGUGUAACACCAAACCUUCCCGUCGCUCAUAGACAUCUUUGGGAUCCGGCGCAUCGGUCCUGCUUUCUGGACAGGAAGGCGGAUCCUCCGCUCCGUCCUCAAGCCGCUGGGCUCUGUCGAGGUGCCAACUCCUUCAUCCCGAGUGAGACUUUGAGGCUUUAAACAGAUCGACUAAAACUGACGCUCGGGGAGGAGACGGGGAGGAGGGGAAAAGAGGAGCUGUUGGUGAGACGAAGCCGGGCUCAGGGCUCGCUGACUCUUCUUUCGGAGCCGUUUCGCCACCUCGUCGACAGCGGAGCCAAACUAAGGAGAACAUGUUGAAUUUAAAAGAGAGACGGAGAGAGAGACAGACGGAGGGGGG